AUGACUGAAAAUUGUAUAUACUGUGGAAGUGUUGUGCGGAAACGGCAGGAGGCAGUCACUUGUGAUGCUUGUGACAGUGACAACAUAGGAGGUGUUAUACCGCUAUCGUGCGAAACAACUUUCAUUAUCGGCACUAAUGAAGAAGAUUUCAAGUCUUUACCAACCCAGGGUGUUGAGACAAGAAGCAGAAACAAUGUUGCUGGUGCACGAAUAUUUAAUCAGACAGGAAAAUGCAAGAAAUUGACAGAUGAAUAUACGACUGUUGAACCAGGAUAUGAAUACAUAGAAAAGGUGUAUUUUAAAAUAGAGUUUCAACCAUGGAUUUCAACUGAUCUAAUGAAUCCCAGUGAUCCCAGUGAUGAUGAGUUAAAUCUUCUAAACUUACCCCUCACAAUGUGGUCUAGGCUGGACUUCAGUUUUGUUCGAAAGCCACCUUCAGAAUACUUUUUCUGGUUAACCAACGACAAUAGGAGAAUUGAUGAUAAUCCAAUCGCAGUUGGCGUGAAAGAGAGAAAAUCGCAAUUGAUCUUCGGACACCCUUCAAAGAAUGACUUUGAAAUCCUCCCUUUCGAAUGGCAAGCCAUGUGUCCAUUGGUUGAAUGCAAGAUUUCACUCGUUAUUAAAGACACACAAAUAAAGGUCCUUGUAAACGACAAAGAAGUAAAAAACGCCAAAUAUGGAGUUGAGAGGACGCUAGUUAGGCAACGUAGAAAAGUUAUCAUCGUUGCACGUGCAAAUACUGCUGUUGCAGGAUUCACUAGCUUUGAGUUUAGAAAAUAA